AUGGAUUCAUCAUCGCAGAAUCUGAAUCAUGUGAUCCAAUCCAUAGAGAAGACGCUUGUCCUCAUCCAUCAGCUCAACCUUACUGUCUCUUCUUUCAACAACGUUGCUUUUCAACUCCCUCUACUUGAGCAUCUAAAUUCUCUAGUUUUGGAACUUGAUAAUAUGACAAAAAUGUCGGAAAAAUGUAGCAUCCAGAUCCCGACAGAGAUCCUCAAUUUAAUUGACGAUGGGAAGAAUCCGGACGUGUUCACGAGGGAGAUCUUAAACAAUUGCAUUGCCAAAAACCAGAUAACUAAAGGUAAAACGGAUUCCAUUAAAGAACUCAGGAGGCAUCAUCUACAGGAACUUGAUCAAGCAUUUCCGGAUUAUGUGGAAGCCUAUAGAGAAAUUAGAAUAUCUGAGACUAAACGGCUUACCCAAGCACAGAAGAGCACAAUGCCUAAUGCUCAUGUAAAAGUGUCUGAGCCUUAA